AAAGUGGUCAUUGGAAUUACAAUAAAGGACAGGUAAGAGGUAUAAAUGUGUGGAUUAAUAAUAUAAAAAGCAUCUCUUACAAGUGGGGAAAGUAUAUAACAACUGUUGCAAUAGUAAAACAUGUAACACCCAAACAAACACAAAAUAUUAUACAUAUACAGUCUAUGUGUGUAAAUUGUAUUAUACCAAGAAAAAAAUUAAGAAAGAGGAGGGGAGGGAACCAUAACCAAAAAAAAGUCAACAGUAAAGACCAAGACUAAAAAGCUUUGUGAAACCAAAAUUGCAGCAAACCCAUAAAAGAAGUUUACUUUUCGAUAAUUAGCAUUUAUUAGGACGAGAUUGUUGAUUAAUCAUUUGAUUAUUUAUAGUUUUAAGAUCCUAAAUCAAAGAAAAAACAAGAAUUUCUCCCUAAGCCCACGACAUUAUCAGCUCUCUUCUCCUCAUAUCCCAACCAUGCAUCAUCUACUUUAAUUUGUAUUCGUUGGACAAAUCUGAUUUUUAUUUUUGUUCGAUCUCAAGCAUUUUAGGUGGCAAAUGAAUAAUAUGGGGAAUUAUUUAAAGAAAUUUUAUUAUGCAAGGAAAUAAAAAAAGAAAGAAACUAGAAUGGUGGUAAAAGGACAAUAAGGUCACAUGAACUGAACCAGAUUUAUUCAUGGGUCCCUCUAAAUUGGUUCUCUUGCCCAUAUCUCUCCAUCAUUCUCAUCAUAACACUGCUGAUUUCUCUCUUCUUGGUUUCUCAUUCUUCUUCUGAAAAAUCUUGACAACUUUUUUUUGUUUUUGUUUUCUUUCUCUGGAUUUAAAAGAGCUAUAGCUAUUGCUUGAAACAGUAAGAGAUAUAGAUAUAGAGAGACAGAGAAAGAUGAUGAUCAGUGAAGUUAGGCUAAACCCACUUUCUAUUUAUGUAUAAUUAGGUCAAUCACAUCACCAAUCUAACCUUUUCUCCUCCUCCAAUUCUCUUCCUAAAUCUAGGGUUUUGCUUGUAUCUCCUCCUUUCUCAAUUCCCUCCGGAAGCUGUGAAUUCAUCAAAUUCCAUUCUCAAAACCAAUUCUUGGUCACACCCUUAAGAGAUCUGGGUUCUAAAGAUGAUGACAGAUUUAUCUCUCACAAGAGAUGAAGAUGAAGAAGAAGAAGCAAAGCCCUUAGAAGAAGAAGGAGCAGGAACGAGAGAAGUAGCAGAGAGAGAGCACAUGUUCGACAAAGUUGUGACUCCAAGUGAUGUCGGAAAACUAAACCGACUUGUGAUCCCAAAGCAACACGCAGAGAGAUUCUUCCCUUUAGAUUCAUCUUCUAACGAGAAAGGUUUGCUUUUAAACUUCGAAGAUCUCACAGGCAAAUCAUGGAGGUUCCGUUACUCUUACUGGAACAGUAGUCAAAGCUAUGUCAUGACUAAAGGUUGGAGCAGAUUCGUUAAAGACAAAAAGCUUGACGCCGGAGAUAUUGUCUCUUUUCAAAGAUGUGUCGGAGAUUCAGGAAGAGAUAGUCGUUUGUUUAUUGAUUGGAGGAGACGACCUAAAGUCCCUGACCAUCCUCAUUUCGCCGCCGGAGCUAUGUUCCCUAGGUUUUACAGCUUUCCUUCGACGAGUUACAAUCUGUAUAAUCAUCAGCAGCAACGUCAUCAUCACGGCGGUGGUUAUAAUUACCAUCAAAUUCCGAGAGAAUUUGGUUAUGGUUACUUCGUUAGGUCAGUGGAUCAGAGGAAUAAUCCGGCGGCUGCGGUGGCUGAUCCGUUGGUGAUCGAAUCUGUGCCGGUGAUGAUGCACGGAAGAGCUAAUCAGGAACUUGUUGGAACGGCCGGGAAGAGACUGAGGCUUUUUGGAGUUGACAUGGAAUGCGGCGAGAGCGGAAUGACCAACAGUACGGAGGAGGAAUCAUCAUCUUCCGGUGGAAGUUUGCCACGUGGCGGUGGUGGUGGUGGUGCUUCGUCUUCCUCUUUCUUUCAGCUGAGACUUGGGAGUAGCAGUGAAGAUGACCACUUCACUAAGAAAGGAAAGUCUUCAUUGUCUUUUGAUUUGGAUCAAUAAUAAUUAUGAUGAAAUAUUAGUUGGUAUUUUAAGAAAAAAUAAUACACAUAUAUAAUUCUAUAUAUAUGACAACAUAAUGCAUUGAUUUCAUUAUAAAUUUAUCAGAGAAAUGAUAUACAGUAUGUUCUAAUAAUAUGCAUGGUUUCUAUGGAUUCCGAUA